AUGCUUUUCAAAUCCAAACGUUCCGAUAUGGAGAACCUCUCGAUGUCAAUGGACAACGUGUCUCUUAUGGACAUAGAUUCACCGAGCCAUACUGCUGUGAACAAGGAAAAUAUUACACCGUUGUCGUCGCCUACAAAAUCCAUAGUACACAAUUCUUCGUCUCCGGUAGCAAACCAUGCCUACGCUGCCAGAAACCCACCCAAAUUUGCCAUAGCUACCACACAAAUGCCAAAACGAAUCCCACUCACCGAGGAAGAAUUCAGAAGAAAAGCCAAUGAUCCAAAAACCAAAAGAUUGGCUUCGGUAGCUCAGCUUUACUUUUUAGACUAUUAUUGUGAUAUGUUUGACUAUGUGAUUAGCAGGAGGGAUAGAACCAAGUUGGUGCACACAAAACUUGUGCAAGAUCCCAAUUUUGCUGCCAAUCCUCAGCGCCAGCAGCUUGAAUGGAAAAAUUACAUUGGCAGAGAAAGGGCACUUUUGCGGAAAAGAAGACUCAAGCCAAAACACAAGGAUUUUCAGAUGAUCACCCAGGUGGGCCAGGGGGGAUAUGGACAGGUUUUCUUGGCACGGAAGAACGAUACGAGAGAAAUCUGUGCUCUCAAAAUCUUGAACAAGAGCCUUCUUGUAAAGCUUGAUGAAACCCGCCAUGUGUUGACGGAAAGAGACAUUUUGACCAACACUCGUAGCGAAUGGCUCGUGAAGUUGCUCUAUGCUUUCCAGGACCCACAAAAGGUUUUUUUGGCUAUGGAAUUCGUACCUGGUGGAGACUUUAGAACUUUGCUCAACAACACUGGCUACCUUGUUCCUCCCCAUGCCCGGUUCUACAUCUCGGAAAUGUUUGCUGCCGUCAACUCUCUUCACGAAUUGGGGUUCACCCACAGAGAUCUCAAGCCUGAGAACUUCUUGGUCGAUUCGAAAGGACAUAUCAAAUUGACCGAUUUCGGUUUGGCCGCGGGAACGGUGUCUACGGACCGUAUUGAAAGCAUGCGUAUGAAAUUGAAGAAUCUUCAAGACUUGGAUAACUACGAGCUUCCUUCCAGCUCGAUGUCUGAGCGUCAAAAGAUUUUUAAAGAGAGCCAGGGCCAUUUGAACUUGGCCAAUUCCAUUGUAGGGUCUCCCGAUUACAUGGCACUUGAAGUGUUGGAGGGCAAGAAUUACGAUUAUACUAUUGACUAUUGGUCGUUAGGAUGCAUGCUUUUCGAGGCUCUUUGUGGAUACCCGCCGUUUUCUGGUUCCAAGCCCGACGAAACAUACUACAACUUGAAGCAUUGGAAAUCGUCGUUGAGAAGACCCCAGACUAAAGACGGCCGUUAUGUGUUCAGCGACCGUACAUGGCAGCUCAUAACUCGCUUGAUAGCGUCGCCAGAGACCCGAAUCAAGACUUUUAGACAGGUGCAAAAAAUGGCGUAUUUUGCUGAUAUUAAAGACUGGGCCAACAUCCGCAAGAAAACACCUCCAUUCACACCACAACUUGAUAACGAAGAGGAUGCUGGAUACUUUGACGAUUUUGAGGAUGAGGAAAGUAUGCAAAAGUACAAAGACGUAUUCGCUCGCCAGGAACACAAUGAGCUGUUGCUCGAAAGAUCGGGAAACAAAAAAGUCUCCAACAACAACUUUAUAGGUUUCACUUUCAAGCACAAGCUCAAUCCAAACAACAAGUUUCUGAACGAGUUGAAUCUCCUCGCACAGACCGGCUCUUCGCGCAUGGACCCGUUAGCAACUUUGUACUGA